GGGAGCGGGGAGGAGGGUUUGUAACAUCCGCCGCCAUCGGGGCUCGGAACUCGCCGCCUUUUCCUUCGUCAGCUCCCGGAGGUGGACAGCCGUCGGGGCCUUUUUUUUUUGUUGGGGCGGGCGGGGGAAAAAGAAGGAGAAAGAGACGCACUCACUCAGGUGGAGGCUAAAGGUUCCCUCGGUACGACUUGAAAAAGUCCCGGACAACAGUCAAUCCCCCAGUUGGUCGCUCACUUUCAUUGUUGUUCCCUGUGCUGUGCGCGAAUUGAAGGCCGAGUUCCAGAGCGGAAAAUAUACUACAUUUUACACUCGCUGUAGCUUACGAGAGCGGCACGUUCUGAGCGUUGCUGAAACAACCGUACUCGAUGACAUUCCAGCGCAAUGUCAGAUCGUCUGGGGCAAACUACCAAGGGGAAGGAUGGAAAAUGGAAGUACUCCUCUCUCAGUCUGUUUGAUAAAUACAAGAGAAAAUCACUAGAAGCCCAGAAACCUUCAGGAGUUGUCCCUCGACAUGGCUUGCAGAGUCUUGGUAAAGUGGUCGCAGCACGGCGGAUGCCCCCGCCCGCUAACCUUCCGAGUUUAAAAGCCGAAAACAAAGGAAACGACCCAAACGUGACCAUUGUACCAAAAGACGGAACAGGAUGGGCAAGCAAGCAGGAGCAGCAAGAGCAAAAGAGUUCCGGUGUGUCAGCAGCAGUGCAGCAGGAGUCGCAGUUGCAAUCGGCUACGCAGACGUCUGCCUCCAGUGCAACCAAACCUGCAGCGGCACCUGUUCAGGAGAACACAAAUUCAACCCAAGGAGGAAUAAAAUCAUGGGCGCAACUGAACGCGAAGCCAAUAGGACCCGUCGCUGGUGGAAAGGCAUUAAACAAACAAUUGCCAUUCUCUCACGAGGAAUUUCCCACACUGAAAGCAGCUGGAGACCAGGAAAAGACUGGAAAAGAAAAGGACAUCACAGAUCAGUCAUAUGGGCCAGGACCAAGCCUCCGCCCGCAAAACGCGGCAAUUUGGAGAGAGGGUGGAGGUCGCAAUCUGAACACUCCAGCAGUAUCGAGCGUGCCACCACCAGAGUCCGAGGCCAAAACACCAUCAAGCCAAGAAGAUCCAGGUCACGCUUUGACCUUGUCGUCCGAGCCAAAGGAACCCUCUCUGCGGCCAGCAGUUCCCAUCCGAAGAGCAUUAGGGAUGGUGCCAUUGCAGAAUGCCUCUCAUCAAUUCCCAGUCGCCUACCGCGACAUGCUUCCUACAUUUAUGUGUACUCCACAAUCUCAGGAAGUGCAGCAGCCCACUCCGGUCCUGGCUCCUCAGGGAACCUUGCGGUGUCCGUUCCUGCUACCUGAGCCAAUCAAAUAUCCCCGUGGGAUGAUUCGGCAAACACGCCAAGUGCGGCCCCCACAGAGGCCUGGUGAGCCUGGAGAUCGCCCGGCCAUCAUUCAUCCCGACAACCUCAAAGGACUUGAUCAGCUUGACAUUGAAACUGAAGAUGGAUGGGCCGGUGAACACGAGGAGGUGGAUUACUCGGAGAAGCUGAAAUUCAGUGAUGACGAAGAUGAGGAAACCGCCAGGGAGAGGAAAGAGAAAUGGGAAAGGGAGAUGAAAAUGAUGCGUCAGCGCUCUUUGAAUUGUAAGCUUGGAACAAAACUGGAGCCUCCCUUGGGUGAAGACCCCAUUUGGGGUGACCUGUUGCCUUCUACCCAAUCAAGUCGUACAGCGCUGGAGGCUGACACACGCAGGAGCCUGUCUGCUUUACCUCCAUCAGAGAUUCGGAAACCGCCAGCAGUCACCAGGUGGUCAGACGCUCAGGCUGAGAAGGAUGAAGUCUGGCGACCUCGGCCAAUUUCUGUCCUUUCUGAGCGUUCAGAGGCUUUGGAGCGAGUCCGCAGGCGGCGGGAGGAAGAGGAACGGCGAGCCCAGGAGGAGAGACUCGCUGCUUGUGCAGAAAAACUGAAAAAACUGAAUCAGAAAUGCGGAGUGGUGGAGAUUCCCAUCAAAUUUGAUUUCCGGAAAAAGGAUGAAGCUGAGGCUAAAGCUAAGGAGCCGAAGGACUCUGUAAUCCCGUGCACACUGCAGAAAGCCUGCCCUGACCACCAGAAUUUACUAAAGGAUCCCCCUCUUAUGGACAGUGUAAGAGAUGUUACUGCUGUUCCUAAUAGUGAAAGUGAGGAAGAGUGCAGCAUACAGGGAAGGGACCCAGCACCACUCAUCCAGAGCUACAAGUUCCACAAAUCCCUGCCACCCAGGUUUCAACGGCAGCAGCAGGAACAGCUUUUAAAGAUGCAGCAAUGGCAGCAGCAACCGGGACCUACAUUACUUCCCUCAGGUGCACCACCACAUUCCCACUCACACUCACAGAGACACCUCUAUGCCGGUCCAGUGGGACCACCACCUCCUCACAUGCUUGGCUACGACCCUCGAUGGAUGAUGAUGCCUCCGUAUAUGGAUCCUCGGAUCACCCCGGGCAGACCACCGAUUGACUUUUACCCACCAGGAGUUCAUCCAUCAGGAAUCAUGAAGCCUCUGAUGCGCCCAGACCGCUUGGACAGUAUGGCCUCAGCCUCCGAGCAGCACGAUCGCUCCCACCUUCUGUUGCAGGAGAGAAGAACUCCUCCUGUCGAACCACAGCUCGGCUGGGGACAAGAGGACUACUCGUCUGCUCCAAGCAGGGCAUUCAUGUUGCCACCACCAAGACCACAGCUGGAUGAUGGUGUAGAGCAGAGCAUGGCUGUGUCUGAUCGCCUUCCCACAUCCCCCGUGAGACCUGAUACCAAUUCCCAGCAGAAGACGAAGAUCCAGCGUGAUCCUUUUGAAGAACAAAUCGAGUUUCGAGUUCAACCAGUGGAGAAAAUACUGAGCGUGUCUCGUUUAGAGCCACCAACUGAACUGAUGAAAGACAGGAGCCCCGGUGUGACAUCAACUGUGUCUUCAGUGCUGGGACGGGAUGUUCUCUUCCAACAUCAAACCAACCCGCACUUACUCCACAAAGAGUUCUUCACAACUGUCAGUGAGCAGCGGAGACGGAAUGGAUCACUCCCCAGGGAGAGCACGGAUACAUGCAAGUCAGCCGAAGACUCAGAUGAAUUGGUGGCUCACAGCUGGGACUACGUACAUCAGAAAGACCCUCCGAGUCCUGUGAAUGAGCAUGAAGACAGAAGAGAGGAGAAAGCUUUCAUGGCAGAGAUAUGGCAGAGUGAGAAAUUGCCCCAAAGAGAAUCUAAACCUGCUCCUCAGUGGGAGCCAAUAGCGAGUAACCCUGGCAGUCGCCGUGAGCCUGUAGGGAAAAUGACAAGUAGAAGAUCUGGCCCUAUUAAGAAACCAGUCCUUAAAGACCUAAAGACUGAAAAAGACCAAGAUAUAGACAAGGUAAAAUUGGAAUCUAUAGAGAGACAUGGUCGGACAAGGCAUGAAGAGAUCAAAACCGAAACAAAGGCAAUCAAAACUGCUGGAGAUGUGGGUCUCUUAUCACAAACUACCACUUCAUCCUUGAACGUUCGGCACAAAGACAUGACUGUACUACCAAUAUCGUCAACUAAAUUUGAUUGGGAAAUUGAGCAACCACAACCGAGAAAGGAGACUAAAGCAUGGGAUGUAAGACCUAUGAAUAAAGACCCCAUUGAUCUCUCUCUAGCUCAGAGAAGAAAUUGGAAUGAAUACGAACAACUCAAUAGUAGAGGCCAAGGACGGGGAAGAGGUAGGGGUCGAGGAGAUUUCUUUGGCAGCCGGGGUGCUUUGACUAACCCGAGCAGAGGAGGCAGAGGGCGGAAUCCGAAAGAUUACACUAGUCCAUUAGAGGACAGCCAAAGGGGCUCUUCGAGACGUCGCAACGCCAGCGAGACCCGCAGUGAUGGGUCUGACAAUGAGGAGAUUCCAAAGCGACGGCGUCAGAGGGGAUCGGGGACCGGCAGCGAGGGAACCAGCGACUCUGGCCCCCCUGAUAGGGAGGGGCGCCAUAUCCACAAAGAUAUUGUGCUCAAAUCGAAAACCGAUGGGCUAGCAGCUGGCGAAGUGGAAGAGGAAAGAGGAGCUCCAAAAAUGUUUGAAAGGGCGUUACCUCCCAGGCUGAGCAAUACUGGACGAGGCCGCACAUUCACCCCCAGAGGAAUGCCUUCGAGGCAAAACCGAGGGGCCCCCUUUAAGGGGAUUGGCACCUGCCAAGCGAACGGAGAUAGUUCUACGUCCACGUUAUCAUCCAAGAGGAUUCCUCUGAAGGAAUCCGUGAGAGCGCCCAAUCGAGCUUUGGAGGCAAGUGAAAAUGGAGCAGAGGAAAAUGGAGCUCCAGAUAAAUCCUGUUUGUCUGGAAUCUCAGCCAUGGAAGACCAGGUGCCUAAGAGGGAGCAACGAUCCACAGAGCUGCCCCCCAGGAGAAGACGCCCCCCACGGCAGGACAAACCUCCACGAUUCAGGCGUCUCAAACAAGAAAGAGAUGCUGCCACCACCGAGCUGAGUAGCGACGCUGCGUCUGUGGCUGCAGAGCCAGGAUUAAUUAAUCUAAGUGCAGGGCUGGAGGAGCAGGAAAUCGCAUCUCUUGUGGCUGGCAAUAAAUCGCCGGACCUGUCCAAUCAAAAUUCGUCUGACCAAGCGAACGAGGAGUGGGAGACGGCCUCCGAAAGCAGCGACUUCACAGAGAGACGGGAUCGAGACAGUCGGGUGUUCCAUAGCAGCGCGCCGUCCGAUUCGGACGUGGCAGACGGCGGUGUGGGGCAGAGGAAAGAGUUAGCCAAACGCAGUUUCUCCAGUCAGAGACCCAUCGAUCGACAGAACCGCAGGACGACACCUGCUGGUUACGGAGGGAAAACGUCAAAGGCCAACGGCGCUGGUCCCAAAAGUGAAAAACCAAAUGGUCUGCCGCCAAAAAACAAAAGCAGGUGUGUAGAAGAUCAGUUGCCUGAGCAGCUUGCUGUGAAUGGAGAGAACGUGAGCGCGGUAUACUGUGUCGAUCGAGUCGUUCCCUAUGACCCAGCUGCUGUCCAAAAUGCCAUGAAAGAAGCAUCAACAAAAAGGAAAGAGAAAGAUGGAAAAACUGGCCUGAAGAAAGCAAAGGAGAAGAGUGAUGCUUUGGCCCAAUUUGACCUCAACAACUAUGCAAGUGUCGUCAUUAUCGAUGAUCAUCCUGCAAUAGCUGCGGACGAGCAAGACCCCGUGUCGGCUGUGAACGAUGGUUUCACUGAGGUAAUCUCAAAAAAACACCGGCGUUUACUAGAGGAAGAACGCAGGAAGAAGGAGCAAACACUACAGGCACCUGGGAAACCUCGAAAUGAAAAAGGCUGGACAACUUCAUCCAAAAUUCCUCCGCGAUUUGCUAAAAAGCAGCAACUUAACAGCACAGUCACUGAGCAGACAGAGGAGAACUUCUUGUUAGGACAAUCCACAGCAAGCAGCCUGGGAACAGAGAUCUGGGAGAACUCCAAUACUGGUAUCCCUGUCCAGCCCACCAGCAGUGAAUCCUGGGUGAAGCCUUUGAAUUCAUUUCCUGGGUCAGAGUCUACCUGCACUGAGAGUUUCAAGGCUAGUCAGCCCGACAGCGGGGUAGAACUCAGUGCCGAUUCACAGGGUUCAUCUACAAGUUCAUCACAGCGGAGCUCACCUUAUGGUGCACUCAAGCCAGAGGGGGGAGCAAUGAGUGAGCUCAACGGAAGCAGCACAGACUCCUCAGUGGAGAAAACAAAUGCAAUGAUGGACGAACCUAAGGAACAAAGGCAAAAGUCUGCAAGGCCAGAGAAGAAGAUUUCAGAGCCAACCCCAAGCCAGAACAAGGACCACAAGCCUGGGCCCAUAGGAAAUGAACGAUCCCUGAAAAACAAGAAGGCCAAGGAGUGUCUGGAACCAGAGGGAUUAGAGAGAGCUGAUGGGAGCAUCUCUUCUGCAAGCUCGGCAGACAACAGACCGAGCAGCAAGUCCAGUCUAGACUUGCACAUGGACGCUGUGAUUCCAGUUCCACCAAUAGAAUUCGGAGUAAGCCCAAAGGAUUCUGACUUUGAUUUGCCCCAGAGCUCGGUGCCAAGUCCUGUUUCCAACUCAAUCACCAAACUGCAGGAUGCAUUGGCCAGCAAUGUCACACUAAGCCAGUCAAUUCCUAUUUUACGAAGAGAGCAUAUGCAACAGGGCCCAGAUCUGACUCCUGUGUCGCUUUCAAGUACAGACCUCACUCUAAAGAUGGAGUCUGCCCGCAAGGCCUGGGAGAAUUCCCCCAAUGUCGCUGAGCAGAGUCCUGGCAGUAGCUGUGCCAGUACCCAGACACCCUGCAACACGGGACCAUCCAGUGGGGCAAGUUACAGCUCCAUUGGGAGUGUUUCUGUGCCACCCAUGUCUGUGGUGUCCGUAGCACCUUCUGUCUCUCUGCAAGGAAGUCACAUUCCUCCCCUCUACAUGGAUGGUCAUGUAUUUACUAGCCAGCCACGACUGAUCCCUCAAACAAUUCCACAAGGUUUCCAGGCUGGGCUUUCUCAGACUGCUCAAGCGCACCAGAUUCCAAUUCCCUUACACACAUCGUUACAGGCCCAAGCCCCACUUGGAUUGCGGAAUGGCCUCCCAGUGACUCAGUCCCAGGAAAUGUUUAGCUCAAUGCAGCCAUUCAGAUCACAGAUGUACAUGCAUCCCAACCUGUCUCAACCAUCCGCGAUGGUCCUAUCAGGUGCUCCUUUGAAAUCUCCUUACGCAGCCUUCCCUGCCGUUCAGACGUCUGAUAUGGUAAAAGCACAGCAAGGAUCUCAUUACCAACAACUCGGUGGAAAUCAGCCCCUUCUGUACGAAAGUCAGCUGAGCCAACCUGGAAUCCCGACCUCGCAGAUCAUGGACUCCCAGCUGAUCCAGGUGACUAUGUCUUUGCCUGGCUCCCAGUUGUCAUUGCCCAGGUUUGGCUCCGGUCAGCAACAGCUGAUUGCAUUAACUCAGUCUAUUCAGCUUCCCCAGGCACCAAACCUAAAUGCUGGAGGAACAAGGAGAAUCCUCACACCAGGAUCCCAGCCUCCUAUGCUUCCCACUGGCCGCGAGAUUCCACAAAUGGACCUUAAAGCAUUUCAGUUUGCUGACAAGCAGGUUUCCUCUGGAAUGCCUGGGCCUCCAGUACCAAACCUUUUCAGACCCAGCUCCACAAGUCCCAGUGGAAAACCCUCUGGACUAGGACCAGUUACUAAUACGAUGGGUUUGAACGUAGCAGGACCAAUCCAAGGACACUACACACAACAGUCUAUACAGAUGCCACCCCCACCACAGGGCAGUAUGAUCAUGCAUAUGAGACCUCCCGGUGCUGGAGCCUAUCCCACUCCCAUUCAGCGUCCUAUGAUGCAAAUGAACAAAGGUCCUAUUGCACCUCCCAUCACAGUGCGUCCACCUCGUCUGCUCAUCUCUAGCAGAGAGAAUUCAGCACCAGCAAUUCGAGUUUGCAACUCUGAAAGGGAAACCGAGGAGGAUCUCAAGGCUAAGCAGAGGGCAGAGGUGCUGCAGAUGACCCAUAAAUUCUUUGAACAGCAACAGAAUCUCGGCCAGAAAAUCGAGCCAAGUGCUGCAAUUCCUAACCCCGGAGAAGAAAAAUCAACCUUAAGCGCAUCAAAUAUUCAGGACGCAUCAGCCGAGGUUGUGACACAGGAGAGAGCCGUUUGAACUGAAGCAGCCGAGCAAAAUUGCAUUAAAAUGGAGGAUGGGAAAGCGUAAAGAUCCUGCAGUUUUUAAAAUAUACAUACUAUAUAUAAUCAGAAAGGACUCGGGAUUUCUGGAAUGCUAAGACUUCAUUUUAAAUCUUGUUGUUUCAUUUGCUGCUCAAUCUUUAAAGUAGAGAAUAAAAGCCCAUAUCAGUGUAAAGGGUGAACUCUGGGGGCUGGGAAUUUGGUACUUCUCAUUAGAGGAUAAUGAUAAUUUGAUAACCACAGUUGAACUCAAAAAUUUUAUCUCAUUUGGGCAACAUGUCCCCUCUCCGUACCUACUCUUUAUUCUUUUGAAAUCAUGGAGGCUGACUGUAUGGAAUAGUUGUAUUGAAACCUGGCUGUUGGCAUGUUAUAACUGCUCUUUUCUAUUACACAAUAUGAUGCACCUUCAAGUCACUGCACGUCCCAUAAUACUUUAACCUGAGUCUCAGAUUGUUUUGUUAAUCUCGUGGGGACAACAUUUGGAAAUGCAAUAGAUUAUGUAAUACUUUCCUAAACAAAAGGAUCAACCAGUGCAAUGCUCCAAAUCUAUUCACAUUUCUUUUAGGCAAAUUGUGCUGAAAAUGAUGGGAGGACUCGAACCUUGUCCCUAAAUCAUUUUGCCACUAAAGAUAGUGUCCUAGAUUUCAACUUCCACCGGCGAGUUUGCCUGCAACCAAUGAGACUGGAUUAUGGAGUAGCACCUAAUUUCUAAAGCGGUUUAUUACUCUUUCGUGUCAAGGUGGUUAUCUCAAUUAGCUCCUGGUUUCUCCAAACACUGCUACCACUUGGGAAGCAAGAAAUUGUUGACUUUGCAAAGUUGGAAUAUUCUUUUAGGAGAGCAUAGUUUGGUACAAGGAUUGUCUUGACAUAUUCCCUAAGAGCAAUGCCUCGCUCUCCAGUCAUAAACUGUACAGUGCAUGUGUGUAAAUACAAUAAAUAAGAGUACAUACGUAGAUGAGGCAGCUAUGAUAAUUUAGCAACUUUAAUAUCAGUAUUAAUGGGCUACUGCAGAUGGUUCAUCUUUAACAGGACUGUCUCACUUGUGGUAUUUAGAUCACCAGACUACAUUGUACAUAGAUACUUUAACACACGUGCAACAAAAUGAAUUUUUGUCCUCCAUUUGUCUGUAAAUGACUCACUGAAUCCAUGUUUAAAUGUGAUUUGGAAUCUAGUGUAGGGAUUUUUGGAAUCUAGUGUAGGGAUUUUAUUCUGCAAUGUGACCCUUGGCUAAGCAGUACGUUGUGAUGAAAUGAUAUGAUUCAAGUUCAUUUUAUUUGGAAGAAAGCUGGCCCAGUUGACCUUUUUAGCAUUGACAGAUUAAAAUGAACACUGCCUUGUAUGACCAUGUUGAAACAGACUUGUGGUGCAUUCCAGCUGUCCACGACUUCUGGUGUAGUUGUCAGGGACCAUUUUAGGAAUGUUCUUGCUGCUACUGAUGGCUUUCCAAUUAUUCUUGAAUCCAAAUCAGUAACUGUGGAUAUGUUCCACAUCCUGAACAUAUGGCUAAAUAUACCACUUUGCUGAGCUCUCCACCACAGUAGAGCUGCCCUUUUGACUGGACUGAAACUCAUUUUCAAAUACAGAAAGCUGGACCUGAUUCUGUGUAGGUAGAGUCCAGAUACUUGGCUGAGCACAGUAUCAAACAGGCAGUAGAUAUGGUAUAGAUUUUGGGGGACUGUUUUUACUCCAGUGGGAUUCACCAUUCGGAUUUUUUUUGUUUCCUUUACCAAUUUGAUCAGGAUAUUUCUAUCUUUGCUGACAGUUAUAACUGUAGAGACUUUAAUGAAUUGUGUGAGCAGAGGCAUUGUGUGAGAUUCCUAUUCUGAAGCCAUUUUACUUGUAACUGAGGUGUAAUGAAGAAAAUCCAGAUGGAAGUUUUUAAGGAUACGUAAGAUAGUGUAUCAUUUUGUUUCAGAAAUUAAAAAGUCUCAUUACCUUGAUUGUGGUGCACUGUUUAUUGCAGAAUAUGCCAGUGUAGAACUGUGUUACUUGAGCAGUGGUUUUGAAGAUCAUAAAGUCCUGAAAUGGAUGUUGAGUCCAUUUUUGAAUCCAAAUUUGAAACUCUUGAAUUAGAAAAUGUUAGCGAAAUUAAGUGAUUUUGUUUUUGGAAAUGCAGAAUCUAAUCAGUUAAAUGUGGAGGGAAAUUCAAGACCUUUUAAUUUUUGAAACCUGUUGUAACCUCUGGAAUUGCAUCUUUACAAAUGUCAUAACAGCUUCGAUGGAAGUGAACUUUUCGGAAUGGGGGAGAAUUUAGCACUGAUCUCUUUCCAAUUUCAGUCCGACGUGCAUUCAGUGUCCAUGUAAACGUGUAUUAAAACCCUGUCUAUAAGUAGUUUUUCCAAUCACAAAAUUAAUACUCUCCAAUGAAUUUCUUUACUUUAGUAAUUGUGUGUUGAGAUUAAUUGUGGCUAAUUAGUACUCCGGGUCCGGGGCAAGUAGCGAAAGACCUGGAUUUUACAACAGUCGCUGAAAUGGAACAACGCAGUCCAGUUGUGUUAGAAAAAGUGCUGACACAUUUACUUUGAAAUUGACUAUGCAAGCAACAUUAUAACGUCCUGUUAACAUGGGAAGGGCAGAGGGAGUCAUCAAGACGAUUGAGAUGUUAACACCAUUUCUCUUGUAAAAUGGUACCCUGUAAAUUACUCAUUAAACCGGUAUUAAUCAGCAUGUUAGUUCUAUGUACACACCCAGUGUAACUCAUUGAUCAUGUAAGAGAUUCAAGCCUGCUAUCCGAGAACUAGGAUUUUUGCGCAAAUUGAGCAACCAGCCAGGCAUCGUGAUACUCACCUGUCCAGCUCGGUAAAACUGCAGAAUGUGUCGCCCGCCUUCUGGCACAAUUGUUUUUGGAAAUGCAGAUUUUAAUAGUGAAAAGGGCAAAUGAGAACUAAUUUUAAUCUUUCCAUACACCCACUCACUAGUUGAUAAUGAUGAUAAGAUGGGCCGAGAUUUUGUCCCCCCUCUUGAAUUCAAUGCAGAUCCCUGAUUGGUUGUGCUUAAGAGGAUUUCAGCAUAAUUGUGUUCCUUCCUGUAGACAGAUAUAGCUAGGGUGAGAAUUCCCAAGAUAGCAGGCAGCUCUGGAACUUAGAUUAAUGGCCAUCCAAUUCGCUGUCUGAAUUAAUACAUUAGUUCCCAAGAUGGCAGGCAGCUCUGGAACAACGGCCAUCCAAUUUGUUGUCUGAAUUAAUACUUUGCUGCCAUUUUAAUCGUAUUUUUUCAUUGUUGGUGUUUCCGUAGUGUAAAGGAUAUCAAUCGGGCUUAUCUUGUUUUAUGGAUGGAUUUGUUACACUGUGCUGGAUGGAGUGCUAGCCUCACUGCUCUCAGGUUGUAGCGUAGUUCUGCAUUCAAGCCGAAACCAUCAUCAUUUGUAAUUGUUCCAACUAAGCCAAGAAGUGGGCAAUGCCACCAUAAAGGAACUGCCAGCCCCAACCAACUUGUCUUAAGUGCUUCCUGUCGUAUUAUUUACAGAUAGGGAGUUUGUGGCUUGCUACUCACUUUCUUAGCCCGAAAAUGAGCCUCAGAUUUAACGAUUAAACGAUUAAAACGGUUUCAUUAAGAAAAAAAAAUCUUAAGGGUUAUAGUUUGCUAUGAUAUCCCAUAUAGCAUUGCUGAUCACACUUUAUCGGUGAUUGUCCCACUGAUGAGUUUGUUCUCUGAAUCAUUGGUCUCUUCUGAACACUACAUUAUUUACUGUGUACUGAAGUGUAGAAAUGUACCAGCAGAGAGUAUGUUUCACAUCGAUUGAUUAUUUAUAUAUUGUCUUGACAAUUCUGUGCAAUGGAGGGGCCAAAAGAGACAUGCACGUCUUCAUUAAACCCACAAACGAAUUCCCUACCUAAGCCAUUUCAACUUUAGAUUUGAUUUGAGUUCCUCAAUCAAGUACAUCUUCAUUGUUGAUUGUGUUUCUUUAAGCAGUUAUUUCUAUGAGUUUAUUUGUAGUUUUAAACUAUAUAAUGGUUUCAGAGAAUUAGUUCAACUUGUUUUUUUGCCCGAGGCUGUUGCCCAGCGGUAGUAAGCCACGUAACAUCCACUUAUCUUUUUAUAAUUGGUUUAGUCGCCAAGGUUCCAACAAAAAGGAAUGUCCCAUCAGCUGCCUGUUUUGUUUCACUCUUUCUUAAUGCAAGUUAAUCUUUAUCAUAGCUUUAUUGUGCAGUGGUGCUAAUGCUCCUGUCUUCUCAGCAGAAUGAGGGAAGAGAGAGAAGUGACAGUUGGUCGCAGGAAGCUGAAUUUCAGCCUGAAAUGAAGUGACUGAAUUGGAUGUAUUGUAUGUGUUCGUUUUCCAAUGAUGGAUCAAUUGGAUUUGUAUCAAACCGAGUCGUAAGGGUGGGAAGAAGAGGAGAGACGUUCAGUUCAGCUCCUCAACAUGUCCUUGAUGUAUUUUGAGAGCAAUGCGUUUCUGGAAAGUUCCAGCCCCCACUGCUUUCCUGCAACUUUUAUAUGUUCCACUUUAAUUGAGUUUCAAGCUCUUUGAAAGUCUUUACUGACAUUUGUUAUUACUUUAUUUGUGUAUAACCAGAAACGUGCAUAUUUGUCUUUUGGCCUUAUCUAUUGUUUUUCGUGUAGAUUUGAUAUUUGAAAGGGCAGACUAUAGAUAUGUUGUGUACACUGAGGAGUUAUUUAUUAAUGAGGCUGGACUGGUUGAGUGGGGUGAAGGGAGGGGCCUCUGGUUUACAGUUCAGUACCUAUUGUUUAUCCUUUCAAAUAUGUGAUUUGUAAUAGCUCUUUCCAUAUGAAAGGAUCUGGUUUAUUUAAAUAAAGCAGCUGAUGCUUUUUUUUCACAUGACCAAAUAAUUUGUUAUUUUUUUUUCCCCCUGGGUGUUUGAAAUCUAGAAUUGCUAAUAUACUAUAGAGACUUUUUAAAUCCAAAUGAUGACUGCAUUCAAUGUACAGUAUUUGUUUUGAUUCUUGUUGAACUUGACCUGCUUUUCAGCAAAAUGGACCCUUCGUUCACUAUAGAGUAUGUUUGCAGUUUAGGCACCACAUGACCAGAAAAUUGACGAAACAUCGUAUGGUAACGUGGUCCGUUAUUGUAUUCUCCAGUAAUGUAUAAAUGUUUUAUUAUGAGAACAAAGUUGUGAAAGUUUCAUUGUCCAGUACACCAUUUCUUUGACUUGUAAAAUACUACAUGUAUGACGUUUCUAAAUAAGGAAUUCAGCAGCUGACUCUGAUUGUCACACCGCAAGUAAUCAAUUGUUCAGACCAGCAGCCUCGAGCCUUUUUCCUUCUGCUCCCCUUCCCUUUGCCUCCCAAGGGAUUAAAAUAAGUGAAUGUACUCACUUGAACUGAAAA